AAUCCUUUCAACUUCACGGUUCCCACUCUUCAAAUACACACCAAACCACAAUCACCACCCCCUCUUCCCACUCUGCAUCUUCUAGCUAUGGCUUCUCCUGAUGCCAUUGCUUUCCUCUCAAUCCUCCUACUUCUCCAUCCCACCACAACUCUGAGCGACUCUUUGUCUCCUAUUUUCUCUUUAAUUCCCGAUGAAGUGUGCAAAGAAGUGGAAUGUGGAAAGGGAAAAUGCAAGCCGUCUCAGAAUUGCACCUCCUCUUAUGAGUGCGAAUGCGAUCCUGGGUGGAAACGGACUCUUGCCAAUGAUGAUCAUGAUGAUGAUCUCAACAAGUUUCUCCCUUGCAUGAUCCCCAACUGCACACUCAAUUAUGCUUGUUCAGCAGCUCCUGCACCUGUCCAGGACAAAACAACCAGAGUUAAUACAUCAGUCGAUGAUCCCUGCCACUGGGCUGAUUGUGGAGAGGGCUCAUGCAACAAGACAUCAACAUUUACAUACAAAUGUGUUUGUCCUGAGGGUUUCUUUAAUCUUCUCAAUAUCUCUGCCUUCCCAUGUUUCCAAGAAUGUUCAAUUGGAUUGGAUUGUUCAAACCUUGGCAUCUCAACGUCAAAUAAGUCCACAGCACCAAAUCCAGCAGGAGCUGACAAUAGCAAUAACCACGGUGAGGUUUGCCCUAUAAACUCUCUAUAGGACUGUGCCCUUCUUUCUAUCCCUUGAAAUGGAAACAUUAUAUACAUCUUAUAAACACAAGAAACCCUA